GCUUCUAUCGGGCCUACUUGUUCGGCAUCUUCGAGCAACUGGCUGGCAACAAGGAGCUGGCCACAGCAUUUCUGGCUCGACAGAAGGAGGCGCUGAAGUUCUGUGUGGAAGCUGGGUACGAAGAGGUGGCCAUCGAGGGGUUCUACGAUGAGUUCAUGGAGAUGGCUGCAAAGGUCUCGGAGGGUGUGUCUACUUCGACUUUGGAGGUGGGAGAAGAGAUUGGUCCAGGACUUUCCGGAACAUGCCAUGGAGCAUUUGCGUGCGAUAUCUAUUUGACAUGAUGUGGUUAGAGGCAAUGUGGGAAGAGAAUGACAAUGAUCGCUACCUGGUGUGCUGGGCGCGAGUGCUCACGUCAGCCUACCUGAAGCGUCACGAGCAGGACUUUGCCUCCUUCUUGACGUCGCAUUCCUCCAUCCAGCAGUUCUGCGCGCAGGAGGUCGAUCCGAUGGACACUGAAGCAGACCACCUGCAGAUCAUGGCCCUGUCAUCCUUCUUGGCGGUGCCAGUCACCGUCGUUUAUUUGGAUCGCUCUGAGGGCGCGACGGCCGAGCAUCCCUUUGUCUGGAGACCGAGCAGACGAGGCUAUGAGGGUCUCGCAUCCCAAGCCUACAGUGAAGCCGGGUAUCCGGAGGGAGCCCUGCGUGGCAACUUUGCUGAGUUGGAGCCCUAUGUGAGCAUAGAGCAGCGCGGUUUGCGACAGCCGACCGAGGAGCAGAUCCGUCAGAUGGAGUCUUGGAAGGUGGCCGAGAUGAUCCGCUACCAGCUGGAACUGAAGCCGCAAUACCUUUCAGCCUUUGCGGACUACAAGAAUGACUAUCCAGGUCGCCGGGACUUGAACUAUAGUGAUCGUUGCAUUGUCUCCCACCUGUACGAGACGCAUUUCGAGAAGUCCAAGGAGGGUGACUACCCUCAAAAAGGUGAGCUGGAAGACAUGGACAAGGAUUGGUUCAAGACCUUCGUCAUGGGCCGAAACAUUCACAAGGUCAGAGACUACUUUGGCGAGCGAAUCGCGUUGUACUUUCUCUUCAUGUCCCACUUCAUCAAGUGGAUGAUCAUCCCAACAAUAUUUGGGACUUUCUUGUGUGUGGUGGACCUUUUCUACCAAACGCCCAACAACGUGACGGUGGUCUUCAUUUGCAUAGGUGUGGGAAUGUUCUCGACCACCUUCAUCCAUUUCUGGCGAAGGAAGACCAAUCUCUAUGCUUUGAAGUGGGGCACUUUCUCCAUGAAGAAGAAGCCUGAAACUACUCGACCCGAGUUCUACGGAGUGAGUCGCGUCAAUCCUGUGACCAGCAGGGUGGACCGGUAUUAUCCUUGGAGCGAGCGAAUCUGGAAGGUGCUUUUCAGCUACUCAGUCAUUCUUGUUUCACUGAUUUCGCUCUUCUUUGCGGUGGGCAUCUUGAUGGUUCUUCGCCACACCUUUCACAAGCACGGCGGCCGGAUCACUUUCCAGGUGAUCAAUGCUCUGGUGGUCGAGCUCUUGAACACUCUCUUCACCAGCCUCGCCACCUGGCUCACGGAGCUCCGAUGCUUUUGGCCGUGCGUCGUCGCGAUGCGCACGGGAAAGAAGCGUUCACACCGCGAUGCGAGAAGUUUAAACGACCUGGGCUCUCAGCUGGCGAUUUUCAUGAUCAUGAGGCUGACGUUGCAGAACAUGAUUGAACUUGGUGGACCGUAUGCUGUGAUGAUGUACCGGCGCAUGACGGAAGAAUCUGCCUUCAACUUUGACGCCACACUCUUCACGAACCCCAUGACCAUCAUGCCUGACCUCUCCAGCCCCGAGAAGCAAAGCAAGAAAGAGGACUAUGACGUGUACCAGGACAUGGAUGAGGUAUUGAUCCUCUACGGCUAUACAGUGCUCUUCGUUGUGGCAUGCCCUUGGAUCCCACUGAUUGCACUCAUCAGCUUGGUCCUGGAGUGCUUCCUGGAUCAGAAGAAGCUUGUAUUGUUGUAUCGCAGGCCCUUUCCGGACCCUGCAGCCAACAACGAGCCCUGGGACACGGCGUUUGAUGUCUUCGGCAUGCUUGCAAUGGCCACCAACACGGCCGUCGUGGUCUUUGCUUCGAACGUCUUUCAGAGCUGGAGUCAUUUCCACAAGAUCCUACUUUUCAUGGUCGUGGAGCAUGCAAUGAUUGGCUUUAGGAUACUCAUCUCCACGCUCUUCCCGGCUAUUCCUUGGGAGGUGCGAUUGCUGGCAAUGCAGCAACAGGUGGUCGUGCACAGGCACUUGAAUCUCGGUGGUGAAGAAGAUGACCAUGAGACUCGCGCCAGUGCCAUGAUGGCCACAGCGCAGCCGCCUCCCAUUGUGCACGAUCAAGACGAUGAGGAGGACUGCUAUAUGCCCUUUUUUUUGCCUCCUUUUGACAUCAACUCUUUUGGGUGCAUGAUGAAUCAAUUCAAUCGCAGAGCACCAGCUAUGCCAGCUAUUCCACUAAUCUUGGCCAGUAUUGGUAGCGGCUUCCUUUUUGCCACGAGCUUUUGGCUCAGUCUGCUGCUACACUUCAUUGACUUGAAACUUGCUUUGGCAGCACCAAGGCCAAAGCUGCGUCCACUGCGAAAUGGGCUGACGCACUUCGGCCAGUCUCACCUGCCGUGGACAAUGUCCGUGGGCCUCAAUGAUACAGGUCAGCUUACUUGA